UAGCCAGACGUCCGAAGAUCUCUCCAACACCUCUACCGCCACGCCCAGCGUCCGUGCAUCGCCAGCAUCUUCCCACUUCCAACAUCCACACAUCCCCUGCGCCUGGCCAAUUCCCGCCUCCCGCCAACAUCCUUACUGCCAUUGUGGAAACGUCGUUUACCCGCUAUGAUAUAACAUGAGCCUCAAGGAACUCUACGCCAAAUACCUGCGCUUUCGAAGGGAACAUGCCCUAGGCACCCAGAUUAGGAACGGCAUCCACCGUGUGGGGUCUGCCAUCCAUCCGUACGCACGAGUCCUUAUCCCCAACUUCAGAGCCGCCCACUACGUGUACAUCUUCACCAUGGUGUUCUUGGGCUCGUUCAUCAUCUUUCCCUACCGCAACAUCAGCUAUGUGGACACCCUCUUCUUCUCAGGCGGUGCAGCGACCCAGGCAGGCUUAAACACCGUCGACACCAACACCUUGAAGCUCUACCAGCAAAUCGCCAUCUACGUGUUCACGUGGAUGACCACCCCUAUCUUCAUACACGGCUCAUUGCUCUUCUUGCGGUUGUACUGGUUCGAGCGCCACUUCGACAACAUCAAGGAGCGUUCAGUGCUCGACUUCAAGAUGAGACGUUCUGCCACCCUUGCUGCUGCUCGUUCCAAGUCGAUUGACUCCACCUACUUGAACACUGCCAACAACAGAGGCUUGGGUUUCUCCAACAACCCUGAGCAGGGAAUUCCCCUUGAAAACAUCGACAAGGGUGAGGACGGCAUCAAUAUCAAUGUGGACUCGCCCCAGUCGUCUCUGUCGGUCAGGCACGAUGAGCCCAAGGUGGUCCAUAUGAGCGAACCCUCCGACAGUGAGGUGGACGCAAGAGCUGAACUCUCCCCCGCCAACGAAGCCGCCCACACCUCUGAUAAUAUCCGGUUUGGUAACUUGCCACAGCCUCCCAAAAAACGUGGAGUACGAGAAAAGGAGAUCGAUCCAGAAGAUAUGUAUAGGUCGAUUGCCAUGCUUCGUGACAACCACAAAAACCCAAACUCCACCAUUCAAUUCUCCAAUGAUGUCCACGAUAAGUACACAAGAACAAACAACGAUGAUGAUGACGUUCUCAUUAUCAAAUCGCCCAACGAAAUCGAAAAUGACGACAAGCAGCCCAUUUUCACCAGAAGAAAUCGAAGAAGAAGCUCCAACAAUCUCAUUUCCCCCAAAAAAUGGAAGGCCGUCGGCUCCAAAAGAGUGGGAAAUCCUUGGAAGCGGAAACUCAGAAGAACAAUGUCAGGCAACAAAUCAAUUUCCAGAAACAACACGGGCGACUCUUUCGAGCAAGCCGUGUUCGACGAUGACGAUGUUUCGAUUGAUUCGGAAACGAACCAGAACACAAUGGAUGAUGAAGACUAUGGUGAUGAUGAAGGAGACGAAGAUGACUUUGAUGGUGACGAUGACGAAGAUGAGGAUGAGGAUGAAGCCGGAGAACAUCGUGUAAAGAAGAGUCGGUCUCAUUUGUCACCUCAUGACUUGCCUAUCGGUAAAAGAUCAAAUACAGCUGAUAAUCCUAACCCAAGAUCCACUGUCUUUCACACUCCUACGAUCGACAGAACACGUACAAAACCCAGGUCCAUCAAGAGUAAGGUGAACAGAAAGCUCAAGAAGAUAGCUUCCUCUUCUGGGCUCAAUUCCAGAAGUUAUGGUGAGACGAGCGACACCAGAGUGGAUGAUGACGAUGAAGAGGAUGACCUCGACUAUGAUGGCCCGGAUUUGAGCAAGUGCAUGAGCACAAACUACUUAUCUUGGGUUCCAACAGUAGGAAGAAACUCUACCUUCGUUCACCUUAGUGAAGAACAAAAAGAAGAACUUGGAGGUGUGGAGUACAGAGCUGUUAAAUUGUUGAUCAAGAUUCUCUUGUGCUAUUACAUUGGAUUCCACAUCCUAGCCAUGGUGUUACUAUUGGCUUGGGUUUUGCACAAACCACAGUACAUGGCCAUCCUCAGAGAUCAAGGAGUCUCUCCCACCUGGUGGGCAUUCUUCUCGGCUGCUUCUUCCUUCAAUGACUUGGGUCUUACUGUAACUGCUGAUUCAAUGAUUUCAUUUAACAGAUCAACCUAUGUUAUGAUUGUGGUAGCCUUUUUCGUGGUUAUUGGAAACACAGGGUUCCCUGUCUUCUUGAGGUUUAUCAUAUGGAUCCUCUUCAAAUUUGCAAAGCCUUUAUCUUUGUACAAAGAGUCUUUGGGAUUUCUUUUGGACCAUCCAAGACGUUGUUUCACAUUAUUAUUUCCUUCUGUCCCCACUUGGUGGUUGUUUUUCAUUUUAGUUGUUUUGAAUGCCGUCGAUUUGGUUUUAUUCAUAGUCUUAGAUCUCAAGAAUGAGGCGUUACUAAGCACACCAGUGGGCUACCGUGUUUUGCAAGGUUUAUUCCAAGCGUUCAGUACUAGAACUGCUGGAUUUUCAGUUGUGGAUUUGAGUGAAUUACACCCGGCAGUGCAAGUCAGUUAUAUGAUUAUGAUGUAUAUUUCUGUGUUACCCUUGGCUAUCUCUAUCAGGAGAACAAAUGUCUACGAGGAACAGUCUUUAGGUAUUUACCUCAAAGACGAGUCCAAUAGUGAUGAAGAUCUUGAUAAAAAACCAAAAACCUUUGUGGGAACACAUUUGAGAAAUCAAUUAUCUUUUGAUUUAUGGUUUAUCUUUUUGGGACUCUUCAUCAUCUGUAUUUGUGAAACCGGCAAAUUGGAUAAGAACAAUUACAGGUUCUCUGUGUUCAGUGUUAUGUUUGAAAUCAUCAGCGCCUAUGGUACUGUGGGUUUGUCUCUUGGAUACCCUGGAGUGGAUGCGUCCUUAUCGAGUCAAUUUUCGACUAUCUCGAAGCUAGUCAUCAUUGCCAUGAUGAUCAGAGGAAGGCAUAGAGGUUUGCCAUACUCAUUGGAUAGAGCCAUUAUGCUUCCUGAUGAUCAUAUGCAAAGAAGAGAUAGGGUUCAAGAAAACCACGCAAUUAGGAAUAAUGCCACGAUGGAACGUGCAAUGACCAUUGGCAGAAACAGUACUUUUGAGCACAACGCUGAUGAUAAUAUCUUGACCAGAGUCAAAAGUGCUUUCGAAAGUGGAGGCAACUUCAUCAGAAGGGGAUCUGCUUUCAAUUGGAGUAGCGCUAGUGGUAAUGCUAAUUUUCUGCGUCGUAACAGUGAUAAUAAUUUAGGGAAUCAUCUUGACAUCAGACAUUCCAGAAGAGAUAGUCAAAGGGGUGCAGAUUUUUCUAGUCAUCGUGGCAGCGACCAUAUCGGACCUCAGGAACCAAGCGAAGCCCCACAGACUGAAAUGUAUUCUCCAAGAUAAUUGUCGGGC